CAGGGGCGGCUGGGAAGAUGGCGGCCUGGGUACCCUGUCGGAGGUGGGCAUGGGCGGCUGUGUCCUUCGGCCGGCCCCGAGGCCCCAUCGCGUCGCUAGCUCGAAAGCCCCCACGGGCUUGGUGGCUGCCAGCUUGCAGACAAAAGGUAUCGCUCUGUUUCCUUAACCGACCAGACCUUCCAAGCCUGGCUUAUAAGAAGCUAAAAGGCAAAACCCCAGGAAUUAUCUUCAUCCCGGGCUAUCUUUCUGAUAUGAAUGGUAAAAAGGCACUGGCAAUUGAGGAGUUUUGCAAAUCUCUAGGUCACGCCUGUAUAAGGUUUGACUACUCAGGAAUUGGAAAUUCAGAUGGUAACUUAGCAGAAUGCACAGUGGGGAAGUGGAGAAAGGAUGUCCUCUCUAUACUUGAUGAUGUAGCUGAAGGGCCACAGAUACUGGUGGGAUCUAGCCUUGGUGGAUGGCUCAUGCUGCAUGCUGCAAUUGCACGGCCUGAAAAGGUCGCAGCUCUUAUUGGUAUAGCUACUGCUGCAGACGGCCUGGUGACACAGUUCCGUGCACUUUCUGUUGAGGCGCAAAAGGAAAUAGAAGUAAAAGGGGAGUGGACCUUACCAUCUAUAUACAACGAAGAAGGAUUUUACCACAUUCCAUACAGUUUCAUUAAAGAAGCGGAACACCACUGCUUGUUACAUAGCCCCAUUCCUGUGACCUGCCCUGUGCGCUUGCUCCAUGGCAUGAAGGACAACAUAAUGCCUUGGCACACGUCUCUGCAGGUCGCUGACCGAAUUGUCGGCCCAGAUGUAGAUGUCAUCCUUCGGAAACACAGUGACCACAGGAUGAAGGAAAAAGCAGAUAUUCAUCUGCUUGUUUGCACUAUUGAUGACUUGAUUGACAAGCUGUCAACUGUAGUUCACUAGAAUCACACUUGGGAUAUGCACUCUAAUGCACCCAGAAGAUUCAAAGAAUGGUAGUAAAUCAAAGACCCAUAUACAUUAGGGUUUAUCUCUUUUAUUUUGUAAAUAUCCAAUAAGUAUUUAUUUAAUGAUGUCUUUGCACAGCUACACAAAUUGUGACAAAAGUAUUAGCUGCUGUUUGGAAAAUUUUUUCCUUCCUUUAAUUGUUGAUAUUUUUCCCAUUAAAGCAGUACCUAUUUUUUUAUUCAAGAGAUAUUUACCUUUCUUAUGUGUACUUUAGCGGCGCCAGCACUUAUGUUCCCUUCUACCACAAUAAAGCUUGAAUAUUUUGUUUUUUGUUUGGUACCAUUA